AUGGAGCUCCGCACCCUCGGCGGCACGGGCCUCCGCGUCAGCCCCGUCGGCUUCGGCGCCUCCCCGCUCGGCAACGUCUUCGGCGACGUCCCCCGCAACGUCGCCCGCGCCACCGUCCGCCGCGCCCUCGACCUCGGCAUCAACUUCUUCGACACAUCCCCGUACUACGGCGGCACGGUCUCGGAGUCGGUGCUCGGGGACUGCCUCCGCUUCGCGGGCGUCCCGCGCGACAGCUUCGUGGUCGCCACCAAGUGCGGCCGCUACAAGGAAGGCUUCGACUUCAGCGCCGCCCGUGUCACCCGCAGCAUCGACGAGAGCCUCGCCCGCCUCGGGCUCGACUACGUGGACAUCCUUCACUGCCACGACAUCGAGUUCACUAACCUGGACCAGAUUGUGAAUGAGACGAUUCCUGCGCUGCAAAAGAUCAAGGAGAGUGGGAAGGCGCGGUUCAUUGGGAUUACCGGAUUGCCGUUGAGCAUCUUCACCUACGUGCUUGACCGGGUGCCUCCCGGCUCGGUAGAUUUGGUUCUGUCCUACUGCCACUACGGAAUCAAUGAUACUGCGCUGGUGGAUUUGCUACCGUACUUGAAGAGCAAAGGUGUUGGGGUGAUCAGUGCUUCGCCCCUUGCUAUGGGGCUUCUCACGGAUAACGGGCCACCUGAGUGGCACCCUGCACCAGAACAACUCAAGCUGGCAUGCAGGACCGCAGCAGAUCACUGUAGAAAGAAGGGGAAACAUAUUACAAAGCUAGCCAUGAAGUAUAGCUUGAUGAACAAUGAGAUUUCUACAGUUCUUGUUGGAAUGAACUCUCCAGAACAGGUGGAGGAGAAUGUUGCUGCUGCAGUGGAGUUGUCGACUUCAGGCAUAGAUGAAGAACUUUUGCACGAAGUCGAAGCAAUUCUAGAACCUGUUAAAAACUUGACCUGGCCCAGUGGUAUUCAGCAAGCAUAA